UGGCGACCCCUAACCGGGAAAAGCCGAAAGACACAACAACAACAAAGUCCUCAGUCGUCCAGUCUAUUCCGUCUUAUCAGCUGCGACCCGUUUCUAAGUCGACAAGUUGUCAAUCAAGGAAACCACGCCUUAAAUUGUGCAAGACUUCCUUUUGCUGGUAGACCUGAAUUUAUUUUUUUACACGCUGUACCUUUAAAUCCAGCUGUCGGUGACGUUUGCUUCAUUCAACUUUCUGCUGAUAAUUUUUUCCGGAAACAAGAUAAAUAUAAAGUUGCUGGUGAUUAUUAGUCUACUGUGAGUGCAUUUCCAGUGACUUGGUUGUCACGGUUCCGGGAAUUUGUAACUAAAACAUUUAUUUGUAGUUUAUUAAAUGAUCACUUUUUGGAGACAGUCAAAUCAAAAGGGUGCUACGGCUGCCCUGUUGCUGUACACCGCGGUUCGGCUGUGUGCAGCUGGAAACAAGCCCAGUUUUUCUGUUGAUGCUACAAUACUUGCAGAAUAUUUUGGAACAAAGACCAGAUACGAAGAUGUGAACAAGCAUUUGUUGAUCAAUCCAAACUACAGAGACCGAAGCCUUCUAAGCGAUAGCACCUGCACUCCGGUGCAUCUUAACGCAGUAAUCAGACAUGGCACUAGAUACCCUACCAUCAAACAGAUUAAAAAGAUACAGAAAAUACAUAAACUGAUUAUGAAGAACAGUGAAGCAGAUACAGAACUAACCAAAUGGCAGCUGUGGUACAAUGAUUCGAUGGAUGGACAGUUGGUAGAGAAGGGCAUUCAAGAUAUGAAGAAUCUGGCACUAAGAUUAGCAACACUGUUCCCUUCUCUGUUUUCAAAGGAGAACUACGUAGACUGUCAAGUAAAGGUCCUUACCAGUUCUAAGCACAGGUGUGUGGAAAGCGCUAAAGCGUUUAUCCAGGGAUUGGAGCAAGAACAUUUUCAACUGUCAACUGAAGAACUUAAAGAUCUGACAUGUCGAGAUCCCUUGGUCAAAGAUGAUUUAAUGAGGUUCUUUGACAACUGUCCAAAAUUUGUGACCUACAUCGAAAACAAUGACACCGCAAUGCAUGAAGUUGAACGUUUCAAAGAAGGACCUGAAAUGCAGAAAGUUUUGAAUAAAAUGGCUUUAAAACUAAACAUGCCAGCAAGCUCUCUUACAGCAGAUUUGGUGCAAGUUGCCUUCUUUACAUGCUCCUAUGAACUGUCUAUUAAAGAUAUUCCCAAUUCUCCCUGGUGCAGUUUGUUUGAUGUGGAAGAUGGCGAGGUCCUGGAAUACUUGAAUGAUCUGAAACAGUAUUGGAAAAGGGGAUAUGGCUAUGACAUAAACAGCAAGUCAAGCUGUCCUUUGUUUCAUGACAUCUUCAGGGAGUUGAAUAAAGCACUAGAAAAAAAGCAAAGGUCACAGUCAGCCUCCCCUGCUGUGGUUUUACAGUUUGGCCAUGCAGAAACUUUGCAACCAUUGCUGUCUCUUAUGGGAUUUUUUCAAGAUGAGAAACCUCUAAGGGCUGAUAACUUUGCAGAACAGAAAAAUCGUAAAUUUCGCAGUGGUCAAAUUGUACCAUAUGCUUCAAACGUGGUAUUCGUGCUUUAUCGAUGUGAUGAUCAACAAGAACGGACAUACAAAGUUCAGAUGUUGCUAAAUGAAAAGGUGUUGCCAUUUCAUCACUCUGGAGACAUGUACACACUGUAUCCAGAUUUAAGAAAAUAUUAUUAUGACAUCCUACAUAGCUGCAAUUUUAAGCAAGAAUGUGAACUUCCUAGUUUAAAUGGUACAUUUGGUGAUGAGCUAUAAAGAUAUGUGCAGUGCUUUCUAUUCUUUAAAAAAAGUGAAAUUGUUUCUUUUUUGCAUUGUAAUGGGAUUUUUCUUGAGUUUAUGUAGAACAAUUUUUAUUAGCUUGAUUACUAAAUAGAAUAGCACUGAAAAAGUAUCUGUUUAUUUCACUGAUUGCACUUCGGAAUUUGUGAACAUUCGUGAUUUUUAGACUUGAUAGAUUAAAAGAUUGUUGUCUCUGUAUAA